CCAUCUGGCUGGCUCCAUGGCGGAGGACAUAGGACAACGACUUAGAGAGCCGGACGUAUCUGUCCUAAAAAUGAUACACACAGCAACAGCGGGACUCCUUUUAGAGAAGUGGUCUGGCCAGUAUCGCAUUUCAUGGGGUUUCUCACCUCUUCACGACGUCCUCGCUUUCCUUUACUUCUUCUACCUCCUUCGCCUCUGUCCAUGUUAACCUCGGGAACCCUCUAAUAUUCAGAUUUAGCUCACACAACUGGCGAAAACGAUUGCUUUUGCUAAACACUGCGCCACAUGCAUACACACAACUGACAGGGGGCGCAGUGGUUCCGCGGAAAGGCGGAAAUGAAAAUACCACAAUGGGAAUUUCAGCUCUUCUUACUGAAUAUACAUAUAAUAUCGAGUACUUUUAAGUGCUAAAUUCUAUCGAGGUUAAGAUAUUAAUAGCGCACGUGGAAAGUAGCUUGAUGAGUCAUUUGUGUUAGAUGAUCCGUCUGCGUUAACCUCGUCGUUCACUUGUCAACGCCACAACAGAGCUGUGGGUAAGUCAAUAAUCUGGAAAUUCAGAACAUGGAGUUUCCACUACAUUCCCAGCAGCUGCUAUCAGCGCUAAGAAUUCAACGUCAACAAGGUUUCCUCUGUGACUGCACAGUCCUGGUGGGAUCAUCACACUUCGUAGCCCACAGGGCUGUUUUGGCAUCGUGCUCUCCUUUUUUCCACAUGUUCUUCUCUGACUCUCCGGGCAGCAAUGGUCUAAACAUCACGCUGGACAAUGACAUAGUCACAGCCGAUGCCUUUGGCUCGCUUUUGGACUUCAUCUAUGAAGGCGUGCUGCAGUCGGAGAAGUCUGUACCUGUGGAGGACGUACUGGCAGCAGCAAGCUUCCUGCAUAUGAAUGGCGUGGUGAAACUGUGCAGGAAACGUUUACAGACAAGAGGACCUGUCGCCGAGGCGGACAGCACCAGGUCUGAAGGAGGCGCUGCAGUGAACGUGGUGAGCCAAAUGGAGAAGAGUUGUGUUGCAGCGAGUGGCGCUCAACAAAUGGAAACUCCAUCAACCAAUAUUUUGCCACAUUGUGGCUCGUCGGGGACCGAAGUGAAGACCCCUCCGAGUCGGGACGUUGCUGAUACUACUCAACCCUGCACAGAGUCCUCACCACUGCUCCCCAUCAUAGAACUGGUGCGCGGCCAGAGCGCUGGACAGCCCCGGUUGAGGACGGAGGGUCUGGCUGAGGUACCUGUACUGUGCAGCCCCUGCAGCACCACUGAGUCAUACUGCAGCCAGCAGCCAUCUUCUUCCUCCCUGCUUCCACCAAGUUUCUCCAGCUGUCAACCAACCGUCACAGUAACUGAGUCGGAGUCUCAGAAAGAACACAGAGACCUUCUACAGUCACUUUCCCAAGCUUCACUUCCCUCAAAUCGAAUUCAGAGGAGAGAAAGCCCAAAAUCGAAUCACACAUUCCCACAAUUUAAAACUCCUGAUGCACAACCUGAGGCCAGCGGCAGCGUGGAGGUGAAAGAGGAAGCUAUUGUUAUCUCUGAUGAAGAGUUGGAGGAAGAAAACGAAGAGGGGAGCUACAAUGAGACACUGAUUGAAGAGGUGGAGGAUUCCGAAGAAGACCUCAAAGAGGAUGAGACCAGCAACCUCCAGUAUCUCUCCUUCCAAGAGAGAUCCUUACAAAUGACCUCCCACUCACUCUCCCCUUCUUCGUCUGUCGUUGGUCUCUCUUCACAAGAUGGUUCUCUCCCUCCAGUCCUCCUUCAUUCAUCCUCCAUAGCCACACAGUCAUCGGGUCCAUCCAAAUUCUUUCAGGACCUCCAAGAAGGAGAGAGCUUUGUGGAGGAUGUGCCAACAUGCAAAGUCUGUUGCAAAACGUUUUCCUGCUCGUACACCUUGAGGCGUCACGCCACUGUGCACACACGACAGCGCCCGUAUGAGUGUCGAUACUGCUAUCGGAGCUACACGCAGUCGGGUGAUCUGUACAGACACAUUCGUAAAGUCCAUGACCCCACACUCCCUGCCAAGCGUAGCAGGUCAGACAUCACCCCGCAGACCACUAAAUAGUUGAAAAAUCAUCACUGAUUGUAGUGCAGCUUUAAACGCAUCCUCAGAUAUGGAGGGGGUCUGCUGUUUAGUACUGGUAUGGGUGCGGUCGGUUGUGGAAAACAAAACAGACGCAGCUGUGCCUCUCACGCUGACUUCGCUUCAUAUAUCUGCUAUGUUUAGAUUGUCUUCAGCGGACCCUGAUCAAGUGUCACAACAGUGGGUACUUGCUGGGGGCUGGUUCAGCCUUAACCAAAAAAAAGUGUCCUCACUGUCAGAGCUCAGUUGACCGCACGCUUGGCUUUAAAAUGAUGUCCUGGUUCUUUAAAACGGUUGUUCAAAUCCCAAGAUUUUACACCAGAGAAGUCCAUUUAUUGGGCUCUGAAAAUCAGGACAUUGUUUCAUAAGCCCAACACCACUUCCCAGGUCUGAUUCAAAACCUUAAUUGUUGGGUCUGCCAAAAAGUGACACCCUUCCUGAGUGUUGAGAACCAGCUGUAAUAAGUCCUUAGAACCAUAGUCAAUGUUCCUGAAUGAUGACCAAGCCUCUUGUACGAGGAGGUUCACUUUGUGCCAAAAAAGGAAAACAUUGACUGAAAUGACCUUCACUGUCAUCAAUAUACUCACUACAUGUCGAGCAGCAUUACAGUGAUUAGAAUAGAGCCACUUGUGUUGUGGUGGUUCAUGACUAGAUUUGCACUCUUUUGUCUCCUGUAAUAAUACAUUGUUUUUCAAACAAAUACACAUCUGUUUAUAGAUCUGAAGCGGUUGUUGUCCAUGUUUGGUUAGGUGAUGCAGUAGAGGUGAUAAGUCCCUCUGCUAAAUUUAACACCAAUAUCGUCACAGAUGGCUGAGAGGGGAUCAGCUGAAGUCUUCUCUGCAGCCAUUGUUGCCGGACAGACUCCUUAAAGGCGAGAAUUGGGUCUAUGAUGUCCAAUAGAAAAACAAAUAAGUCAUGUUCGACCAGCUCAUGUUGCCUCCGUUAGUAAUUUACAGUACUUACUAGCAGGAAGAGAGGAAGAACAGUCAUCAGUUUUCAUCAAAUGGCACAAAUAUAAACAGUUUUGGAUAAUACCUUUAAGAUCCAAAAUCAAAGACUGCUGUCCAAAUCGCAGUCUUGUGUUUAGUGAUUUUAUUGUACUACAAAAAUAUAUACACAAACUUUCACAGCAUUUUUCUUCCAGCAAGCAG